UUACACUUGGCACAAUGCAGUCAGGCAAAUACUGUUAUCUUGGCAGCAGCCAAAUCCAGACACAUCCAUGGGACUGCCAGACAGAGAAGUGUGAUUUGUCACUCCAGAGAACACAUCUCCACUGCUCUAGAGUUCACUUCGUGACUGAGUUGCUGUUGUUCCCAGUUGCUUCCACUUUGUUAUAUACCACCUACAGCUGACCGUGGAAUAUUUAGUAGCAAGGAAAUUUCCGGGGUUAGGACUUAUUGCACAGGUGACAACCUAUCACAGUACCACGCUUGAAUUCACUGAGCUCCUGAGAGUGAUCCAUUCUUUCACAAAUGUUUGUAGAAGCAGUCUGCAUGCCUAG